UGCUCAAUAAGACAGACGUGUUGAAUUAUAGCAUGUGGGCCCGGGGCCCCUCCUACCCUACUGUAGUGUGGGGUGACUCAGGAUCCUCCAGCAGAAGCCUGUUCAGUGAGCGGAGGAAGGCGAAGAAAAAACUCUCAAAGAGAAGAAAAGCCAGGCGCGCAAGGGAUGUUAUGUAAUGUGACAGACAAAAGGAUGACUGACCCCAUCCAGGAGCUCGGGGAUCCACAUGCGCCCAUCCUGCAGGGUCUGUGGGAGAGCGUGAGAGCAGGGCAGCGUCACAUCCAGCUUUCUCCUUACCUGGCCGCAUCCUGCGCCUUCCUGACUCACCUGGCGCUCUGUGCGCCUUUCUUCUUUCUGGACGCGCUGGGGCGCGUGUGUCAGCGCGUCCGCUCCUGGAGGAUCGCGGCAGGCUCCGGGCCCCCGCCGUCCCUCCAGCGGUGGUUCCAGUGUUUCUGCAGGGUCCUCUUCAAAUACACCACAGCGGUGCUGCCAGCAGCGGCGCUCCUCCAGCUGCUGAGAAGCCCCAACUUUCCGGAGCUGGCCCCUACAUGCUGGCAGCUGUUUGUGGAGGUGCUGGCAUGCUUCCUGCUGUUUGACACGCUCUUCUUUAUAUGGCACUACUCUAUGCACAGGGUUCCAUGGUUGUAUCGGACCGUCCAUCAAAUGCACCACCAGCACCACGUCCCUUUCGCGUUGGCAGCCCAGGAUGCUAGCUCAGCUGAGCUACUGUCGCUGCUACUGCUUGCUUUGGGCAGUGCCUGGAUGCUGGGCUGCCACCCACUCAGUGAAGCACUGUUCCACUUCCUCAACAGCUGGAUGGCAGUGGAGGACCACUGUGGCUACAACCUGCCCUGGGCUCUGCACAAGCUGCUUCCCUGUAUGGGAGGAGCCCCCUAUCACCAGGCCCAUCACAAUAAGCAGAAUACCAACUUUGCCCCCUACUUUACUCACUGGGAUUUUCUUUUUGGUACCUACUGUGCAUCAGUGCAACAUUCAGAAUGAGACAACUUUGUGGUUUUAUAAAGUGAACGCUCAAGUCAAAGACAUCCAUCCAUCCAUCUUCUAUCACUUGUCCGUCAUGGUCACAGGGGGCUGAUACCUAAGAUGAGGUAUACCCUGAACAGCUCACUAUUCCAUCACAUGGAUAUAUAACCAUGCACACACACACUCGCAUCUAAAGUCAAUUUAGAGAUGGCAAUCAACCCAAUAGUCCUGUUGUUGCAGUGCUGCCCAGAAAGAAACUGAGUAUGUUGAAGAGGGCAUGUGGAUUUCAUGCAGAAAGACCUCAGGCCACAAACUGAACAUAGGAGCUUUCUGCAAGGCAAUGGUGCUACAAACUGUACCACCCUGAAGGCCAAGUUGCAGAAAAUGAAGGACAAAUCAAUAAAGCUGGGAUAACCUAACUGUUAACCAUACAAGAGUUUGUUAUAUGUACAUACGUUUGUAAUAGAUAAGAGUGUGGCUACUGUGAUAUGAAGAGUAUUUUGAAUGGCUUGUUGGCAUGUUUGCGGGGGGAAGACUGUAUGAGAACGUCGGGAAGAAGAGCAAAACAUUUUAAUGGGGUGAAAAAAAACUAUAAUCACCGACAUGAGUAUGAAAUUUUGUAAUUGGGGAUCAAAUCAGUAGAUGCAUUUACUGAAAAUAUAUAUAAAAUAAAAGCAUUUUAAUUGAAUCAUCUACAACUAAAA